UUUUCUGGGCGUUUCCAUGGUGACAUCAGCAGGCCGCUGAGAGCUGACUGACACGUACGGGUUUAUUAAAAAAAAAAAAAAAAAAAAAAAAAAAAAAAAAAGAGUCAGUCAGGCGAACAGCUCGGAGCGCAGGAGAGUCCACAGAGGAGGCAUUACCCGAACAAAAAUCUCUUCAGAUCGCAAUUCCUGGUUCCAUCAUGAACGUGUUUGACCGCAACAUCAACAUUGAUGCCCUCUUCAAGCUCUCCCAAAUAUCUCACUCCACCCAGGUGCACUUGAAGCAGGUGUACUCCAGCUUGGCCAUUUGUAUGUUUGUGGCUGCAGCUGGCUCCUACGUCCAUGUCGUCACACGCCUCUUUCAGGGCGGUGUGCUGUCUGUGCUCGGCUCUCUGGCCAUGAUGUUCUGGCUGGCCAUGACACCACACAACCCUGAGACAGAGAAGAAGAGACUGGCCAUCCUCACAGGGUUCGCCUUCCUCACAGGUGUUGGACUUGGCCCCACACUGGACUUUGUCAUCGCUGUCAAUCCGAGCAUCAUUGUCACGGCUUUCAUGGGAACCUCUGUGAUUUUCAUCUGCUUCACUCUGAGCGCCCUCUAUGCCAAACGCAGGAGCUACCUGUUCCUUGGAGGCACACUGAUGUCUGGCCUUUCCAUCCUGUUCCUGAUGUCUGUGAUGAACAUGUUCUUCGGAUCUCUGAUGCUGUUUAAGGCACACAUGUACCUCGGGCUGCUCAUCAUGUGCGGCUUUGUGCUGUUUGACACUCAGCUCAUCAUUGAGAAAGCAGAGAACGGCGACAAGGACUAUGUCUGGCACUGUGUGGACCUGUUCCUGGAUUUCAUCACCAUCUUCAGGAAACUGAUGGUCAUCCUUGCCUUGAACGAUAAGGACAAGAAGAAGGAAAAGAAGUAAAGAAGGUUUGAGUCUAGAAAUCAAAAACAAUCUGUCAGAAAAGGCACAAUUUGCAACGCACUUGGUGCUUUUCACUUUCUGUCUUCAUUUCUUGAAUUAACUCCUAUGUGGUCUUAUAUUAUUGAAAUUUCUUUGAUUUAUUUUUGGAACUUAUGGGUUGAAUGUAAGUUUCUGGUAUACUAAUGCUAGUCCCAACAUGGCUGUGAGUGGAAAAUAGACUAAAGCUGCAGUGAUCGGGUUUGACCUGUAGAGGGAAGUGUUGCUCUGUGAAGGCUUAGAGGCUGAGCAGCACUAAAUGAGGAUUUUUAUAUUACUGUUAUUUAGUGCCAUAAAUUAAUUACAAUAGGCUCCUUUUUUUAGUGGGUCGUGAGCUUCUGAGACUGAUUAUAGUUUAAUUUCGAGUUAUGUAAUUUUUUUGUUGAUUUGCUUAUUUAUAGUUUUCCUCUGUACUUUUCUUUAGUGGAGUGUCACAUGAUAUGGUGUCCCAUGAUCCCGACAACAGAUCCCCCUUUCAGAAAUUUCCCACUUUGUUUUGCCCCCCCCCAAAAUUUUAUUUUGUGACCAACAUUUUGAGUAAGAAUGGUGAAGCCUGGUAAUGCUGACACAAACCGUGACAGCCUGUCAGACUCAUGCUUUACAGUAACUCACGCAGAUGGACUUACAGCCACUCGGUGGUCUGGAUUUUGGACUCUGGCUGGUGGAGGAGGAAGAGUCAGUGCCAUCUGUCCAUAUUUUCAACUUGGAGCAAAGACAGGCGAGUUAACUCACACCACUCCCCUUGUAAAUUUCUCCAAAUAUCUGUUGUCUAGAAAUUAGUUUGCCAAACGACGUGACGUUAACCUGACGAUUUGGCUUUGGUAUUUUGGUACAUUGGUAUGUUUUUUUUUUUUUUUCUUUUUUUUUGAAAGUGUAAACUGUGAAGAAUUUAUUUUAUUGAUGUAAAAUUGAGACUGAUAAUUUGAUACAUUUGCUCAAAUAAAUGUGUUGAACGUA